AAUGUUUAUCUGCGCGGCUGCACACCUUCGGUCCUGCUCUGGUUGGAUUGUAGAAAAUCGUCGGGUCGGAGGGUGCGUGCUGCUGCGGGAGGACCGAGCGGGUCUGUUUUAUAUGGGUGCUAUACCACUGACUGGCUUUGAGCUGUUUUAGACUACAAGUCCCAGCAUGCAUUGCCAUAGUCGAGAACGAAACGAUGAUCAAGAUGAAAAAGCAAAUGGCAGAAAAGAUCCUGAAUCAUGCCCUAGGAAUCAUCUACCUGCUGACUGGGGAGGAAUAUGUCAUAGUGAAGAAGAAUUCCCCCCACCGUACGACGCACCUUCUCACUGGAGAGAUGCCAGUAAAAUGUGGCGACAUCUCAAUCUACUUUUCCAUGGAAGAAUGGGACUAUAUAGAAGAACAUAAGGACCAUUAUCAGAAUAUGGUUCUGGAAGAGGGGAUCUCAGUGGACAGGUGCUCAGGGCCACACAAGAACAGCUUCAAUGUUGUUUUUCUUGGAGAAGAGGAAUUAAGGGAGAAAAACACAGGAGAUGUGAAUUUCUGCAAAGAGACCAAAGCAGAUAAAUCGGUGAACAGGAGCCUGGUAGAAGACUCCUACAAAGGUUCACGAGGUGCUACUGUAGAAGUUGAUACCAGCAGAUCUCAAGAAGGAAACUCCUCGAUUGCGUCAUCAGUGUGUGACAUGGGAAGCAACACAUCUUCCUGUCCCCGGUGGGAACGUGAGAAAUGGAAAGUAGAUGACAAUAUUAUCAGCAAGGAUGCAUCUAAGAAAAAGACACCAACCCAAGACAAAAAGAAUAAGGGUUCUGUCAGCGGGGCACCAAAAGAUGUAACACUCAAUGGUACGAAAAUCCCAAGGAUGGCCCAUUUGAGUGAGCAUUGUGGACAGUGUUUGGUGGACAGGUCUCACCUUGUGAGACACAAGAGAAGACAUCCAAUGGGGCAGGAGUUUUUCAGUUGCAAACCAUGUGGAAAACACUUUGCUCAUAAAUCUCAUCUUAUUGCACACCAGAGGUCACACAAUGGCGAGACCUGCUACUGGUGUGGGGACUGUGGCAUCUUCUACACCUACAAGUCUCAGCUUAUUGCUCACCUGAGGACUCACCGUGAAGAUCAGUUCUAUCGGUGUGAUGUGUGUGACCAAAAAUUUGACUUUAGGUGUCUUCUUCUGGUGCAUCAGCAAAUUCAUACUGGACAAAAGCCCCAUCGUUGCUUCAGAUGUGGGGAGCGGUUUAUGUACAAGUCAAGUCUUGUCGUUCAUGAAAGGACGCACACAGCAGAAAAGCCUCACGGAUGCAAGGACUGCGGUGAACACUUCUCUGAUGGAUACAGUCUUAUCACACAUCGGAAGGUGCAUGGGGUGGAGGCACCACACAAAUGUUCUGACUGCGGAAAGCAGUUUGAAUACAAGGCUACUCUUACUGUCCACCAGAGGACACACAGACUGGUCAGACAACAGAAACGUCCAGUGGAACCCAAGUCUGGCCCACCAUAGGAAAGGCCUAACUAGUCAUAAAUUGUGACCUUCACGAUAUCUACUCAGGAGAUAUGCCAUAUCUUGAACUUCUAUGCAAUGUAGCCUCCAGACUGUUGAACAUAAAAAUACAUGGACAUUUCCAUUGUAAACAAGUGAAAUAAAGAGAAAGUAUGAG